AUGGGGCCGUUAUUCACAUCAUCAUGGUUACUUCUGGUGGUAUGCCUGGCCCUGGAGGUCCAUUCGGGUGGUCUUUCACCAUGCUCCCGCCGCAUCUACUUGGCGAAGGCUGAGCAAGCUGACGAAAUGGGGCGCCGAUGUUGGGACACUGUUAAAGUGCCGGCUUGUGGAGGGAGAUGCGACUCUAGAGAGAUUUCAGAUUGGGAGUUCCCAUUCAAAAAAUCCUAUCAUCCAGUCUGCGUGUACGGCUCCAGGAAGUCUCUAGUGGUUUAUCUUCGCAACUGUGAUCCUGGUGUGACUUCUGGUACAGAUGUCUUUCACUUCGUAGCAGCAGAAAACUGUCGCUGUAAGGUAUGCUCCUCCCAAUACACAAGCUGCGAGUGGCUUCCACCAAAUGCAACGGUACUUACCGGAAUCGCUGACGACUACGACUAUGAAGAACUUGAUUAUUAAUUUAUUUACGAUAUCUAGCUACAAUAGCUAUCGAGAUAUUUUAAUAAUAUUUGUAAUUAAAAAUGAUAUUUAUUAAAUAUUGCUAGUAUUACUUCUGAAAUUAACACUCUAA